AGUAACAGUUCUGCGAGUCUCUCCCUGGGCUACUGCACUGUCCUUUGGGGCUUCCUUUCAACACAGCUCACCCUUGGCAACCGUGAGGGGUAAGGCACCAGUUUUCCAGCUUUGCAGAGGUAGACGUUGAGACUCAGAGUGAAGGGACUCGCCAAAGGUCAUCUAUUUGGCACUCGGUGGAGCUUCGGUUUGAAAGCCCAAGAGAAGUCCCCCUCGAGAGGCGCGAGUGAGAUGCGCAGCGCGGGGCGUCACGUCUGAAGGGAGGGGCCGUUCUCUCGGGAGGAGUCCUCCAUGAGCCUGGCCGCGGCCCUGGAUCUGUGUGCAGUGGACUAAGGAUUUAGUAGGAUGUCAACUGAGACAGAACUUCAAGUAGCUGUGAAAACCAGCGCCAAGAAAGACUCCAGAAAGAAAGGUCAGGAUCGCAGCGAAGCCACUUUGAUAAAGAGGUUUAAAGGUGAAGGGGUCCGGUACAAGGCCAAACUGAUCGGGAUUGAUGAGGUUUCGGCAGCUCGGGGAGACAAGUUAUGCCAAGACUCCAUGAUGAAACUCAAGGGUGUUGUUGCUGGCGCACGUUCCAAAGGAGAACACAAACAGAAAAUCUUUUUAACCAUCUCCUUUGGAGGAAUCAAAAUCUUUGAUGAGAAGACAGGGGCCCUUCAGCAUCAUCAUGCUGUUCACGAAAUUUCCUACAUCGCCAAGGACAUCACAGAUCACCGGGCCUUUGGCUACGUGUGUGGCAAGGAAGGGAAUCACAGAUUUGUGGCCAUCAAAACAGCCCAGGCGGCUGAACCUGUUAUCCUGGACCUGAGAGAUCUCUUUCAACUUAUUUAUGAAUUGAAGCAAAGAGAAGAAUUGGAAAAAAAGGCACAAAAGGAUAAGCAGUGUGAACAAGCUGUGUAUCAGACAAUUCUGGAAGAGGAUGUGGAAGAUCCUGUGUACCAGUACAUUGUGUUUGAGGCUGGACACGAGCCAAUCCGUGACCCCGAAACGGAAGAAAACAUUUAUCAGGUUCCCACCAGCCAAAAGAAGGAAGGUGUUUAUGAUGUGCCAAAAAGUCAACCUGUAAGUAAUGGCCAUCCGCUGGAGGAUUUUGAAGAACGCUUUGCCGCGGCCACUCCGAACAGAAACCUGCCUGGGGACUUUGAUGAGAUGUUUGAGGCAACGAAGGCUGUGACCCAAUUAGAACUCUUUGGGGAUAUGUCCACCCCUCCUGAUAUAACCUCUCCCCCCACUCCUGCAACUCCAGGUGAUGCCUUUAUCCCGUCUUCAUCUCAGACCCUUCCGGCGAGUGCAGACAUGUUUGGCUCUGUACCUUUCGGCACGGCUGCUGUACCCUCAGGUUAUGUUGCCAUGGGCGCCGUCCUCCCAUCCUUCUGGGGCCAGCAGCCCCUCGUCCAGCAGCAGAUCGCCAUGGGUGCCCAGCCACCAGUCGCUCAGGUGAUGCCGGGGGCUCAGCCCAUCGCCUGGGGCCAGCCAGGUCUCUUCCCGGCCACGCAGCAGCCCUGGCCAGCUGUGGCCGGGCAGUUUCCGCCAGCCGCCUUCAUGCCCACACAAACUGUCAUGCCUUUGCCAGCCGCCAUGUUCCAAGGUCCCCUCACCCCCCUUGCAACCGUCCCAGCCACUGGUGACUCGACCAGGUCAAGUCCACAGACCGACAAGCCCAGGCAGAAAAUGGGGAAAGAGAUGUUUAAGGAUUUCCAGAUGGCCCAGCCUCCGCCGGUGCCCUCCCGCAAACCCGACCAACCCUCCCUCACCUGUACCUCAGAGGCCUUCUCCAGUUACUUCAACAAGGUCGGGGUGGCACAGGACACAGAUGACUGUGAUGACUUUGACAUCUCCCAGUUGAAUUUGACCCCUGUGACUUCUACCACGCCAUCGACCAACUCACCGCCCACCCCAGCCCCUAGACAGAGCUCUCCAUCCAAGUCAUCUGCGUCCCAUGCCAGUGAUCCCACCACAGACGACAUCUUUGAAGAGGGCUUCGAAAGUCCCAGCAAAAGCGAAGAGCAAGAAGCUCCUGAUGGAUCACAGGCCUCAUCCAACAGUGAUCCAUUUGGGGAGCCCAGUGGGGAGCCCAGUGCUGAUCAUAUAAGUCCACAGGCCGGUAGCUAGAUAGCACAGGUCUGGGAGCUGGAGCCUAUCUAUGCGCAGAUCCACAGACCUAAGAAAUAACAUCAAUGCGGGCUCG